AUGUUCUCCAUGGCCCCUCCCACGGCGCCGUUGCACCUCGACGUCGAGGCCAUCUCGGGCAUCUGUGGCUCCAUCUCCAUUGCCUGCUGGGUCGUCGUCUUUUCGCCCCAGAUCCUCGAGAACUUUCGCCGCAGCAGCGCAGACGGACUGUCUCUGCAGUUCAUCAUUGUCUGGCUUGCCGGCGAUGUCUUUAACAUUCUGGGCGCCGUCCUGCAGGGCGUUCUUCCGACCAUGAUCAUUCUCGCCAUCUACUACACCAUUGCCGAUAUCGUACUCCUCGCCCAGUGCUUCUACUACCGCGGCUUCACCUGGAAGGACGAGGUCGUGCCGCCGGCACCGAAGCCAAGACCCGCGCGCGUCCCCGACGGCGAACGCGACAUACUCAACGAGCGCACCACGCUCCUCGACCACGCCGCCGCCCACCGCGAGCGCCGCGGCUCCGAUUGGUCGAACCUCUCGCCAGCCGUGCCGCUGCACGACGGUCCGCCGCCCGCGACGCCGGCGCAGCCGACGCGUCUGCAGACGGUCCUCUGGAACGCCGUCGCCAUCCUCAAGGUCUGCGCCGCCGGCGUCUUCGGCUGGUUCCUCAGCCGGCGCUACUCGCCCAAGCACGCCGCCGGCCACGACGGCCACGACGGUGACCACAGCGCCGACCAGCCGCUCGGCUUCAACGUCUGGGGCCAGGUCUUUGGCUGGCUCUGCGCCGUGCUGUACCUCGGCUCGCGGCUGCCGCAGAUCCUGCUCAACUACCGCCGCAAGUCGACCGAGGGCGUCAGCAUGCUCUUCUUCCUCUUCGCGUGCCUCGGCAACCUGACGUACGUGCUGUCCAUCUUUGCGUACGACCCGCACUGCGGCCGCCACGGCUGCGCGCCGGACCGCGGGUACGCGCGGUACAUCCUCGUCAACCUGUCGUGGCUCGCCGGCAGCAUGGGGACGCUGCUGCUCGACAUGGGCAUCUUUGUGCAGUUCUUCCUGUACCGCAAGGACGACGACGAGUACGAGGACGAGGACGACGAGGAGGAGGAAGAGGCCGAUGGGCACAGCAUCGACCAGGACCGGUGGGACCAGCGCCCGCUUCUCGCGCGGGGGGAUACGUCCUACCCUUAG